UGUGUGUCGCGGUUAAAAAUGAUACCUGUAUGAAAUUAUUUAUCGUUCAAGUGAUGACAGCAAUGGCUGAACCGGCAGAAAUCCCCGUUCUCAGCCGACCCGUGGAACCGGAGGGCGUCAUGGCGGCCAUUAAAGAGGAAACGUCUCUCGUAGAAGCUUUUGAAAACAAUUUCGAAAUUUCACAGGAUGUUAAACCGGCAGCAUCUGCAGCCUCAGAGGAGACGGAGAACAGAGAGAAACCGGAUGAUGAUGAAGAAGACAGACAGCAGGACGAAGAGAAGGAAAGUCCUCCAGAGGGACAGCAGGACGAAGAGAAGGAAAGUCCUCCAGAGGGACAGCCAACGGUCGAUCCGCCUGCAGCCGAACCCUCCAGCACCGAGACAAAG